GAUAUAAAACUCACUGGAUGCUUGCUGCCAAACACAGUUGCGAGCACAGAACAGUCAUUCAACGAAAAACCAUCUCCAGUCUUCACAACAUAAAGUGAGUAAAAAGCACUUUUCUAUUGCUGACUAUUUGCCUUUUUAUAGACUUCCAGGAUUUUUGUAAAGUUGCUCUUGAUUGAAUUACUAAAGAAAAUAUUUGUCCUCUGGAAAACCUUGUUUUCUGCACAUUCAAAAUAUAAGAGUUGGUUAAUAUUUUUUCAGUUGGUUAUUAAAGAUGAUGGAAUUUUGUUUUGGAUAACAAGGUGUCGUUGGCUUUAUGGUUCAUUUUAUAAGUUAUUACGCACAGUAGCAAAUAAAAAUAAUUGCAUUUUAUUGGCUACAAUAUGAACUAAGGACAGGAGCGUAGUCACAGUGCAUUUGUUUUCUAGUUUGUUUCUCUGCGCUUUUGUGUGUUUUUAGAUGCGCGCUAACGCAGCGAUGUCUCUGGGUAUGCUGGCCGUGUACUUGCUGAUAUGCAUGUCCAAUCUGAUGGCCGCGUAUCCAUCCAAACCCGUCAUUCCCGCAGAAGAUGCGCCUGGCGAGGACUUCGCCAAGUACUUCUCUGCACUCAGACACUACAUCAACCAAAUCACUCGACAGCGGUAUGGGAAAAGAUCCAGCCCUGAUAUGGUGUUCUCUGACCUGCUACAGAGGGAGAGCACAGAGAGCGUCCCACUAGCAAGCUAUGGAAGAUAUGAGGAUCUACCGUUGUGGUGGUGAAGCCAGUGUAUUACGGACUUCCAUACCAGUCCCUUUCAACAACACCACACUGCCUGUUUGUCACAGCACCACAACAACACCACACUGCCUGUUGGUCACAGCACCACAACAACACCACAACAACACCACACUGCCUGUUGGUCACCGACUCGACCUGGACUUUAAUGGAUAUCUACAGCCUGCAUGCAACCACCUCCCUGUCUGUCUGUCAUAGUAGAAGUGUCCUGUACAUAUGUUACUUUCUCCUUUUGUGCAUCACACUGUGUACUGUAAACCAAAAUAAACAUUUACUGGUUGGAUCAAAAUGCAUCAUAUAAAGUACCUUGGAUCAAUGUUUUAGAAUGUGACUCUGUUUUAAGUAUAUAAACAAGAAAAUCCUAGGACUCCAGAAUCAGAAAGUAAGCAAAGUGGUCUUUCUUAAAGAAAAACAUUUCUAGUGUGUUUUUUUUUUAAACACUUAUUGGAUACUAGUUGUUCCUGCCACAACCAGGACGAGGACCUACACCUAGAACCAGUGCUGCACAGGGUUCUCUUUGUUCCCACAGGUUUUACUAAGAUAUACUGCCCUCUUCUGGACUGGCCUUAGUACCCUGACACCAUUAUACUCCAGCUUGGACUGUAGCCUUCAAACAGCUGUCUGGGGUGAGAGGUGAGAAUAACAAUCUAUUAAUUCUGUCCAUUAUUUCAAUGUGUAACAUUGUUAAUCUUUCACUGGUCUGUGUGGAUUUGUAUUGUGUACAAUCGUUCUAUAUAACAGCACCUUGCCUAACAUGAAAACAGAUUUUAAGGUGUAGAAUCAUUAAGUGGCCUGGGAUCCCUAUGGAUCCCUGGUCAAAAGUAGUUCACUAUGGAAUAGGGUACAAUUUGGGACACUGGCCUGGUUACCUCCAAAGGGACAUGAGAUAAUGAGAUCUGGUGCAUGAACCCAGUUACCUAAUCUCUGUCCUAAAUGGCACCCUCUGUAGUGCACUAUUUAUUGCCUGGUAGGGUACCACUUGGGACUAGGUCCUGUUUUAGAAGAUAGAACAGUCCCUGCAUACUAAUGGGUUCAUUGUUCUAGAAUGCUCAAAUGUAACACAAGGUUAUGUCCCAAAUUGGCACCCUGUUCUCUAUAUUGUGGACUACUUUUGACCAGGGCUCAGUAGUGCACUAUGUAUGGAAUAGGGUGCCAAUUUGAGAUGUAGACAUACAGUAGGGUUCUUUAUGUUGACGGCCAGAUAAUCAUGUCAGGUCAUGUUAUGUCUUUGGCUGUACUGAAUAAAUAG